AUUAACAGUUUGUUAGUUAUUGUUGAGUCAAUGCUAAGUCUUCUUCGUCAUUUCGUCGUAUUUGUAGUGAUCCUUUGACCAGCUGAACGGAAGCGCGACUAAGCCGCCACCGUCAGGAUUUUGCCGAUAAAGAUCUGAAGAUUGUGGAAGUGGGGGGCACGUCCAUGGCGUCACUAUGCGGACCGAUAGGGAAUACUGCUAACAUUGCGCAGCUAGUGGGACUCGAUGCCGUGAGACUCAUCGCCCUAAUUGUGAAAGCCGCCGCUAACGCACGAAUGCACAAAACCAAGUGCAAGGCCUUGUCCGGUUACGUGCAGAUGAUCUGCGACCUAAUAGAGCCGUUCAAUCUUUCGGAUCUGAAUGAUUCUCCCGCGACGAGCGCCCCAUUGAAGCGGUUGGAGGAUGAGCUAAAGAGGGCGUACCUCCUCGUCAAGAGUUGCCAAGACCGCAGCUUUCCUUAUCUUUUUAUAAUGGGGUGGAAGAUUGAGCGUCGGUUCAGGACUGCGGAGGAAGAGAUCGAUCGUUACCUGAAGCUUAUUCCAGUCAUCAAUCAAGUAGAACUCCGUAAACUGACGAGGGAAAGAAGAGGAUCGGCUAGAAAAGAUCAACCUCAAGAUUCCACCUAUGGAGACCCUGUGCAAAAUGCUCCAUCAAGUUCUGGACUAUCAGAAAGGGUAACAAAUAGAAACCAUGGGGUCAAAGAUGCAGUUAGUCGAAUCUUCAAAUCUAGAAAAAGUCUCAAAGAUCAAAUAAAAGUUGAAUCUAACAUGGCUGAAGUUAGUCAGGAAAGACAACCCCGGAUCUUCAGGCUCCACGAAUUGUGGGUGGCCACAAAUCACUUUGCAGUAGAGAACAUUAUUGGGAGAGGAGAAUUCACCAAUGUGUACAGAGGAAUAGUGGAUGACAAUAUUCCUGUCGCUGUUAAGAAAUGGGAAUCCUAUGCAGAUGGUUUACAGGAGUGGGAGAAUGAGAUGAAUGUUUUAGGCAAUACGAGACAUCCUAAUCUUAUCAAGCUCUUGGGCUGCUGUAAUGGAGACAAUGAGAUUAUUCUUGUCUAUGAGUUGAUGAAUAAUGGAGACUUGGAACGAAUCUUUGAUAGACAUUCAAUGUUAGAUGACAAAGAAUCUCGAUGGAAAUGCUGCUUCUUGUGCUUUCUAGCUGAAUGUUGCCUCCUGCUUUCCCUACUGCCUUCUGAACCAGGUGAUGAACCACUGUCGUGGCAGCAAAGGAUUAAAAUAGCAACGGGUGUUGCUGGAGCUCUUGCAUUUCUGCAUACACCAGAGAAAAACAUCAUUCAUCGCGUCAUCAAACCGUCUGUCAUCCUUCUUGAUUGGGAGUUCAAUGUAAAGCUUUCUGGCUUGGGGUGUUCGAGGGAAGGCCCAACCGAUGGAGCAACUGAAGUGUCAACUCAACUCAUGGGCACAGCUGGAUAUGUAGAUCCCGAGUACGCCAUGACUGGUCAUCUGGAUGCAAAAGCUGAUGUGUAUGCAUUUGGGAUAGUAAUGCUUCAACUGCUUUCUGGCCUGAAGGUGUUUGAUCGUAGCCGACCACGUCAUAAACAACACUUGGUCUCGUACGCUUCUGACUUCAUUUAUGUUGAAAGGAGGUUGCAUAAAUUCAUGGAUCCAAAACUUGGCGGUGAAUAUAAAUCGAAGCAUGCUUUUGAAUUAGCGAAACUAUGUGGAUCGUGUACUAGCAACUCUGGCAAUAGCCGACCUGAUAUGAAAACUGUAUUGGAGGUCCUUGAGAGCAUUUGCCCCAGUACAAGUUGAAGCUUGCCCUGUAUCUUAGCCUUCGGAGUGAUCAGAUGAUCUUAUAGUGGUCAUCCAUUUAAAUUCAUUUCAUCUACGCAUCAUAGAUGUAGAUGUAAGCUUAUACAGCGAGGAGGAUUCAUGAACAACUUGAAAUUUCUUACAAGCUUAUGCUGUUUAGGAUUGAUGUGCAAAAUUCCUAGAAGUUCCAAGUUGAUGAUCACUUUGAUUAAAGUAACUAAUCAGGACUCUAAUGUCUGUAUUAGGAUUUUGUAAUGGUGUAUGUUCCUUGUAGACAUCUCAGUGCUUGAAUUUUACUAAUAAUGAAUAUAGUGGAUUUGUUCCUAUA